AUGCGAUCCCCGAAGCUGCCCGGGCCGGCGCUUGCGCUGCUGGUCCUGCUGCUUCUGCUGCCGCCGCCGGGUUCCGCGGGCGGCCCCGCGCCCUUCGACCCGACCUGGGAGUCCCUGGACGCCCGCCAGCUGCCCGCCUGGUUCGACAAGGCCAAGUUCGGCAUCUUUAUCCACUGGGGCGUGUUCUCCGUGCCCAGUUUCGGGAGCGAAUGGUUCUGGUGGUACUGGCAAAAGGAAAAGAUACCAGCUUAUGUGGACUUUAUGAAAAAUAAUUACCCUCCUGAUUUCACAUAUGAAGAUUUUGGACCACUGUUUACAGCAAAAUUUUUUGAUGCGAACCAGUGGGCAGAUAUUUUACAGGCUUCUGGCGCCAAAUACGUUGUCUUAACUUCCAAACAUCAUGAAGGCUUCACCUUGUGGGGCUCAGAGUACUCGUGGACCUGGAAUGCAGUAGAUGAGGGGCCGAAGAGGGACAUCGUCAAGGAACUUGCGGUCGCCGUUAGGAACAGGACUGACCUGCGCUUUGGGUUGUACUACUCCCUUUUUGAGUGGUUUCAUCCGCUCUUCCUUGAGGAUGAAUCCAGCUCGUUCCAGAAACGACAGUAUCCAGUGUCUAAGAUGCUGCCCGAGCUCUACGAGUUAGUGAACAAGUAUCAGCCAGAGGUGCUGUGGGCAGAUGGCGAUGGAGGGGCCCCAGAUACCUACUGGAAAAGCGUAGACUUCCUAGCCUGGCUGUACAAUGAGAGCCCAGUUCGGGACACAGUGGUCACCAAUGACCGUUGGGGAGCUGGUAGCAUUUGUAAGCACGGUGGCUACUAUACAUGUAGUGAUCGUUAUAACCCAGGACAUCUUUUGCCACAUAAAUGGGAAAACUGCAUGACAAUAGACAAGUUUUCCUGGGGCUACAGGAGGAAUGCUGGAAUCUCUGACUAUCUCACAAUUGAAGAACUGGUGAAGCAACUUGUACAAACAGUUUCAUGUGGAGGAAAUCUGUUGAUGAAUAUUGGGCCCACACGAGAUGGCACCAUUUCUGCAAUUUUUGAGGAGCGAUUGAGGCAAAUGGGAAUCUGGCUAAAAGUCAAUGGAGAAGCCAUCUAUGAAACCUAUGCUUGGAGAUCCCAGAAUGACACUGUGACCCCAGAUGUAUGGUACACAUCCAAACCUAAAGAUAAGUUGGUCUAUGCCUUAUUUCUCAAAUGGCCCGUAUCAGGACAGCUCCUUCUUGGCCAGCCCAAAGCUACUCUGGGGGCAACAAAGGUUAAACUCCUGGGACAUGGACAGCCCCUUCACUGGACACCUUUGAAGCAAAACGGCAUUAAGGUAGACCUGCCUCAGGUAACCAUCCAUCAGAUGCCCUGCCAGUGGGGCUGGGCUCUAGCACUAACUAAUGUGACCUGA